CGGAACCUUCCCCCAGUGAGGAACGCUUCCUCUGUGAACCACCGGAACCGAUUGAGGGACGGACUGGUUUUUCCUGGUCCGCCGGUUGGAUCUUCCUCCCCGGUGCGGGGCGCUCGGUCAGUGUCCUCAGGCGGCGGCGGCCAUGCAGUCCCGGCUGCUGCUCCUCCCGGUCCGUGGCGGCGGCGCGGCGGCCGCGGCCCUGCGGAGACUCUCCAACAUCGCGCUGAAGCCGCUGAGAGGAACCCGGGCCCCGCUCCGAGUCAGGAGGCUCGAGACGGCGGCAGGUGACAUAAUUAGCAUUGGUGACGUUCAUUUUAAGCUGAAGCAGCCAAAAAACCCUGAACUGGUGCCCUUGAAACACAUGUUGGAACCCUUACCUCAGGCACUCGCACAGCACUUUCAAUGGAUCAUGCAGAAAGACCUGUUGGGACAAGAUGUUUUCCUUAUUGGUCCGCCUGGUCCUUUACGACGCUCCAUUGCUAUGCAGUAUUUGGAGCUGACCAAACGAGAGGUAGAGUACAUGGCACUAUCCAGGGAUACCACUGAGACAGAUCUUAAACAACGCAGAGAGAUCCGAGCAGGAACAGCCUUUUACCUUGAUCAGUGUGCUGUUCGAGCUGCGACUGAAGGCAGGAUAUUAGUGCUGGAAGGACUGGAGAAGGCAGAACGGAAUGUCCUACCUGUUUUAAACAACCUGCUAGAAAACCGAGAGAUGCAGCUAGAAGAUGGGCGUUUCCUCAUGUCUGCGGAUCGCUAUGACAAACUGCUAAAGGAUCAUACAAAGGAGGAGCUAAAUGCGUGGAAGAUUGUGCGAGUUAGUGAGGAUUUCAGAGUAAUAGCCCUGGGUCUACCAGUUCCGAGGUAUCCUGGAAACCCUCUCGAUCCUCCGCUUCGUUCAAGGUUUCAGGCCAGGGACAUUUAUAGCCUGCCUUUUAAGGAUCAGUUGGCAGUCUUGUAUGCUGUUGGACCAAAUGUACGGUCUGAAAGAGUGUCUCAGAUGUUAUCCUUUGCAACAACCCUCUGCUCUCAAGAGUCCACAACCCUUGGUCUUUUUGAGUUCCCUGUGGAUAACUUAGCAGCUGUCAUUAAGAUCAUGGAUGUGUUUCCCAUGCUGUCUGCCCAGCAACUGCUUCACAGGCUUUAUCCAUAUGAUUUAAUACUUGGGAAGGAAGGUCAAACUGGAGUGAAGGAUGUAUUGAAGACAUUUGAGUUGCUGGACUCUUCAAGUUCAUCGACCACAAGGGCAGUUCUUGGUAUAAAAGAAGUCAAUGGACAGGCUUCACAAGCCAUAGCUACUGUUCAAGUUGGUGAUAAAGAUGUGGCCGUUCAGAUUCCUGUUGGAACAAAACGGUUGAAAUUUCACACUGGGUCACCGAAUUUCAUCAGAACAUCCAGUCAUGACAGGCUCCUGGCCGAAAUGAUUCAGUCGCACAUGGUAAAGGACAUAUGUCUAAUUGGUGGAAAGGGUUGUGGCAAAACCGUGAUUGCCAAGGAAUUUGCUGACCUGCUGGCUUACAGAAUUGAGCCCAUCACACUAUAUCAGGAUAUGACCGCCAGAGAUUUGCUUCAGCAGAGAUACACUCUUCCUAAUGGUGACACUGCUUGGCGACAUGCACCACUGGUCACUGCUGCCUUAGAAGGAAAGCUGGUAGUCCUUGAUGGCAUUCAUCGUGUCAACCCUGGAACACUGGCAGUUCUUCAGAGGCUUAUUCACGACAGGGAGUUGACACUGUACGAUGGAUCCCGAUUACUCAGGACCGACCGAUAUGAAGAGUUGAAAAAGGUGCUUGGUCUGUCUGACGAAGAUCUUCAAAGGAGGUUGAUUUAUCCCAUCCAUCCAUCCUUCAGGAUCUUAGCCUUGGCCGAGCCUCCUGUUGUAGGCAGUGGCGCUCAACAAUGGCUGGGAUCGGAGCUGCUAACCAUGUUCCUGUUUCACAGUGUAAGACCACUUUCAAUGAAAGAAGAGGCUGAAGUCCUUACAAAAAUGAUUCCACACGUCCCAGGAGAGGCUGUUGCACAAUUGUUGCAAUUUACCCACAAGCUUCGGCAGGCCAGCGACCCCACAGUGCAGUCUCUGGCUUCAUCUCUUUCCACACGACAGUUACUCCGAAUUUGCAACCGCUUCUCACACUAUCCAGAAGAGAGUCUGUACCAUGCUGUAAAUAAAGCUUGUCUUUCCAGGUUUUUGCCAAAUCUUGCCAGAUCAGCUUUGCAGAAAAAUCUGAAAGAUUCAGAGAUUGAAGGAUCAUCUGAUGACCUGGAGCAGCAGGAAAAGGCAGACAUCAGAUAUGAAAUCAAGUCUGGGAUUCUUACAAUUGGGAAGGUUUCUGUUCCAUUGUACAAUCCAGAUGAAAAGAUGAAAGUACCAGAUGUCCUCUUUUAUGAAAACACUCAGCACAUGGAGGUAAUGGAGGAUAUGCUCAAGGACUUUCUGCUUGGCGAACAUCUUCUGUUGGUUGGAAAUCAGGGUGUGGGCAAAAACAAAAUCGUUGACCAUUUUCUGCAUCUAUUGAAUAGACCCAGGGAAUAUUUACAGCUUCACAGGGACACCACAGUGCAGAGUCUCACUCUCCAACCAUCUGUACAACAGGGAAUUAUCACGUAUGAAGAUUCUCCUCUGGUCAAGGCUGUUAAAUUGGGACAUAUCCUGGUCAUUGACGAGGCUGACAAGGCACCAACCAAUGUCACCUGUAUUUUGAAAACAUUGGUGGAAAGUGGUGAAAUGAUCCUCUCUGAUGGAAGGCGCAUUGUUGUUGAUCCCACCAGUGCAGAGGGACGACCUGAUGCAAUAGUUGUUCAUCCAGAUUUCCGAAUGAUUGUGCUGGCUAACAGGCCAGGCUUUCCCUUUUUGGGUAAUGAUUUCUUUGGUGCUCUGGGUGAUAUUUUUAGCUGCAAUGCAGUUGAUAAUCCCAAGCCCCGGUCUGAGCUUGCCAUGCUUCGGCAGUAUGGCCCUGAUGUGCCUGAGUCAGUUCUUCAAAAGCUUGUGUCUGCCUUUGGCGAGUUGAGAAAUAUGGCUGAUCAAGGAAUAAUAACCUACCCUUAUUCAACAAGGGAGGUUGUUAACAUUGUAAAACAUCUCCAGAAAUUCCCGAAAGAGGGACUCGCAAAUGUGGUUCGAAAUGUGUUUGAUUUUGAUUCCUACAACGGCGAAAUGCGUGAAAUCCUGAUCAGCACCCUGCACAAGCAUGGGAUACCAAUAGGAGCCAAACCUACCAAUGUGCAGCUGGCCAAGGAGUUGCCUUUGCCAGACUGUAAGUUAGCCAGCCACUGGACUUUUAACCAACUGGAAAGCACACGGUGGAAACUUACUAUAAAGACUCAGCAGACAGCUGUAAAGGGUCCAGUGUACCUGAAAGUUCAAGGCCAUCCAUUAGAACGGCAUGAGUCAAGGGGCUUCAGCUUCACUGAGCAACAAGCCCAUUGGAGAAUUCCACUAAAUGAAGUGAAUAUUGUUUGUGAUGUCGUCACAGUCAAAGGUGAAGCCAAAGACUCCAUUUAUGUAGCAACUUGCAAUCCGGUCUCUCUGUACUCGAUGACCAUGCCUGGCAACACCAUAUACUGCAUGGAUCUAUAUGACAUCUUCCCCAGGAAUUCUGGUGGAGUCUGGCAACCUUUUGUGACGGUGGCUCCACUGGAUCAACCUCUCCAUGACCAGGUUGUGCUUCAUGAGGAGCAGAGUAAUGUGAUCCUGCUAUUGAAUUUGACCAAUGGUGCAGUCAGUCGUAUCAUCUCUGGAGAAGAACGGCAAUCCCCCAAGAAAGCGUACUGGUGGGCGAAUAGAGAUGGCAGGGAUGGUUACAAAAUGUGCAGAGAAUUUUCACACAAAAAUUGGCUGGUGUUCUACAAGAAACAAGGGAAUUCCUUGGAUGUGUUGGAUGUUCUCGAGGGCCGUGCACACACCAUAUCUCUGCCAAUUGAAGUUAAGUAUGUUCAUUUGGUGGCUGAAGACAGGUGGUUGUUGGUGGAAAAUAAGACAAACAAGAAGUUCCUUCUGACAAAGCCGAUGAGUAUUGAAUCUGACUUGUCUGGAACUUGUCAGCUGCAUGUGAUAAAUGAGGAGUCGGUCAGCACGGGAUUCGGAAACACUGUGGCCCUGGAGCUUUCAAGCCCUAAUAUAGUGUCAAAGGAAGAAUUACCCUCAGAAAACCUGAGCGUAGCCCUUGGGCAGAAGAUUGUGUCUCCAAAUCGGAUUCUGUCUGACGAAAAUAGCUAUGCAACAAUUGUUGUUGGGUUUCCAGACCUAAUGUCUCCCAGUGAGGUGUACACAUGGAAAAGAAAGGCUUCAUUGGACAAUGAUGGUGCUGGCUCCCCAAAGAAUAGGUUCUUCAGAGGGAGCUACGAGUCUGGGAGUGUGAAGCAAUCCAACUGCAUCACCCUGACCGGAGCCAACCAGGUGAUUCGAGCUGUUGCUGUUGAAGAUGUACCUAUAAAUGAAAUCUACCCAAAAGAUGUGAAGCCUCCAAACACAGCUGGAUUCUUGGAAGUAACAGAUCUGAACUCCAAAAAGAUCAAAUAUAUUCCCAUUCCAAGUGCACUUAUCAUCUCUCCAUACACUCAGUGGUUAUCUAAAAUCUCCAACACAGAUGUCCUGAUUGCACCUAUUGGAGCUGGAGGAGUGGUGACAGUGGACAUGGGAGGGCAUGUGCGUCUGUGGGAAACUGGAUUUGAUCAUUUACAGCGCUCCUUGCUGGAGUGGAGGACCAUGAUUGGACAGGAGGAUGGACGACCCCUACAGAUUACGAUAGAGAGGGAUAGUGGAUUGGAUGUGACUGCCCCUAAACAUGGAAGAAUUGAUGUGGACAACGCCCCGCAUGUUGGGGGCAACACAUGGGCAGGAGGAACUGGUGGAAGAGAUACUGCUGGACUAGGUGGGAAAGGUGGUCCGUAUCGUUUGGAUGCAGGGCACAAAGUUUACCAGGUGUCGCAGGCUGAAAAGGAUGCAGUGCCAGAGGAAGUGAAAAGAGCUGCAAGAGCGAUGGCUGAGAAAGCUUUCAAGGAAAGGUUAAAGGAAAUUCACAUGAGUGAAUAUGAUGCUGCAACAUAUGAGAGGUUUUCAGGGGCCAUACGACGACAAGUUCAAUCAAUACGAGUCGUUCUCGACAGCCUGCAGGCCAAGGGCAAAGAGAGGCAAUGGCUGCGACACCAGUCUAUUGGAGAACUCGACGACACCAAAAUAAUCGACGGCUUGACAGGAGAGAAGGCAAUUUAUAAACGUAGAGGGGAGUUGGAGCCUGAGCUUGGCAGUCCCCAACUGAAACCCAAGCGUCUGCGGCUUCUGGUGGAUGUCUCUGGGAGCAUGUACCGCUUCAAUGGACUGGACGGCAGGCUGGAGCGCUCCAUGGAGGCUGUCUGUAUGGUUUUAGAAGCCUUUGAGAAUUAUGAGCAUAAAUUUAAGUAUGACAUUGUUGGUCACUCAGGAGAUGGAUUCAACAUUGAGCUAGUCAGGAGUGAAAAGCCUCCGAGAAACAACAAGGAGAGACUUCAGGUUAUGAAGACAAUGCAUGCCCAUUCCCAGUUUUGUAUGAGUGGAGACCAUACUCUUGAAGGAACAGAACAUGCGAUUCAAGAGAUUGCCAGGGAAGAGGCAGAUGAACGUUUUGUCAUUGUUCUGAGUGAUGCUAACCUGGAGCGAUAUGGCAUAAGCCCUGCCAGGUUCACCCAAGUCUUGACUUGCAACCCUCAGGUUAAUGCGUUCGCCAUUUUCAUUGGCUCCCUGGGUGACCAAGCAGAAAGGCUGCAACAGACUCUGCCAGCAGGGAGGUCCUUCGUUGCCAUGGACACAAAACAAAUCCCACAGAUUCUACAGCAGAUCUUCACAUCCACUAUGUUGUCAACGGCCUAAGGACUAUCCCGUUUGGUUUGAUGUGCAUGCAGGAGAUGGUGGGAAAAGCUACAUGCAACGUUGACCUGUCGCUGGUUGCAGGCAGCUGCUGGAUGUCUACUCAGUGACCGCCUUGACCCUACAGUCAGGUUUAGUUGGUGGCAAUCGCUGGGGUGCAUUGGAAUAGUGACAGGAAGAUUCUCAGCUUUACAUGUGAGUGAGCAUUAGAGGGCUGUUAGUAAAAUGUGGGAUAGUGCCAUUUCCUGAGUCUCUUUAUGACUUAAUAAAUAGAUGGUUAAAUUAAAGAAUAUCUGUAUGAUAAAUAGAUUCAUAUAGACGUUACUCCUAACCUGCCAUGACAGUAUAAUCUUACUUUUAAACUCUUGUUAGUCAAUUCUCCAAUCUCCAGGAGGAACAAUCCUUCUUUUGAAUGUGAUGAAUUGAAAAGCAAUUUGAAAUACUUUGAUUUCAGGAGAUGCACCCUUUGGCCAGAUAGUGGAUAGUUCAAGGCACAUGGUGCAAUUAUGUCCCAUUUCCUUCAGUGACUGCUCAGCGUAAGCAAGAGCAGGGAGGGAAUUCCUCUGGUCAAAAUAAAAACAGGUGCAGGUACAUGAAGGUAAGAGGGGAGCAGAGCUAGAGUCACUGAAAAGGGCACUGUUUCUUGACCCAAACUGAAUGAUGAUGAAACAAAAAGGAUAUUUAAGACACUGACUGUGUGUAGGUUUCACAUUCUUCCUCUGCUUCUACUGUGAUGUGUGACCAACUACUACUAGGCUGGCUACCUACUGAUCAACCAUCCCACCAUCAUUUCUUUCUGCCUCUGUCCUUUCAAAUCUUUUAGACAAUGAAGAGUUCUGAGGAGCUCUGGCUCAGUCUUCGAGAGAGUUGAUAAAUAGGCUGUUCCCUGCAGCAUAUCUACUGAGUUAAAUUUCAAAUCCAACACUUCAAAAGGGACUGAAAGGCCCAUCUCUUGAAUUAAUCUGUAAAGGUAUUAGAAUAUAAUUUACACACAAGAUUGCUUGGAAUAUCAGGGAAGUAAAUGUAAAUGAUGCAAAAUUUAAAAAGUGAUUUAUUUUGUAACAUUAUAUAUGCACAGAAUAAAGUUUAAUAUAUUUUAUCAUCUCA